UUCCGGGUGCUUGUUGUCAUCCAGAGAAAAAUCGCAAGUGCAGCCGAGCGACGAGGACGUUUCAUCACUGCGUUUUUGGAGAUUAUUUUUAUACAUAUUUGCAGACUCUACCGUGACUGGGUGGGGGAAUGCAGCAUUUUAAACUCAGUCGAGACAAACUGUACAGCACAAGAUGCUGUGUAUGUUGCCACGUCCGGACGGGAACUAUUAUCCUCGGAACAUGGUACAUGGUAAUUAACCUGUUGAUGGGAAUCCUGCUAACGGUUGCUGCGACGCAUCCGGAAAGUGUUCCCUCUGUCAACUUACAAUAUGCUGUCAUUGACCAUUACUUAACAUCUGACAGGAUGUCAGGUAAUGCCGGUGCCGGACUGGCCAUUUCUCUGCUGAUGGUCACUAUCAGUGCAGUGAUGCUGUAUGGAGCCAUUACACAUCGCAGUGGGCUGCUCAUACCGUUUUUCUGCUACCAGAUGUUCGACUUUGCUCUGAGCUGCCUGGUGGCCUGCAGCUCUCUCACCUACCUGCCCAGAAUACAGGAGUACCUGGACCAACUGCCGGAUUUCCCGUACAAGGAUAACCUCCUCUCCCUGGACCCCCGAUUUCUGUUUUUCUUCGUGCUAAUCCUCUUCACCUUCCUCAUUGUCCUGAAGGCAUAUUUGAUGAAUUGUGUGUGGAACUGCUACAAGUACAUCAACAACAGGAACAGACCAGAUGUCGCUGUCUUCCUCUCAUUUGAGAAUCAGCCCCAGUCGGCCCUGCCCACGUAUGAGAUGGCUGUAAACAUGCCCGACAAGGACCCUCCUCCGCCUUACAUGCCGUCUUAAAGACCAGCCAAUCCUACUGUGGACAACACAUACCGCCAAAUGCAUUUCUACAUUCCCUCACUAACCUUCUCCCAGCGCCUCUUAUCUACUGUAUAUAUUUUGUUCAAAGAUGACGGAGGAAAUCCAAAUGAGCGACACCAGCCUUUUUCAUUCUUUGUUUUAAUCAAAUGCAGUCAUCCUCAUGUAGACUGACAAUCCACUCAUUGUAUCUCUUUAAUUAAACAGUUGCAUUUCAUUUUUAGAAACACAGCAAUAGCAUUUUAUGUGUCUUUUAUUUAGCUUUGCUGUGGUUCACUACCAAUUCCACCACCACCAGCUCGGAUGUUUACAUCACACUCUGCUGCCAGCUAGUUUUCCAGCUGCGUACAAGGAGGGAAAGGAGAAAGAAAGCUGCUUUUACACCAGCCUGACAUCAGCUCGUCUGCCGUAAAAGAUUUGUUGUUGCAUGCCCUCCUAUGACUUAACCAUGCUUAUUUUUUCCAUUUCAUUGCUGUAUUCAAACUUUAAUAUAUUUGACUUCAAUAAAGAGCUGAGACCAUC